CUCGGCCAGUGCUGUGUCGUCGACACCAGUGGCGCACACGCCGAUGGGGCAUCCAGAGCCGACGGUGGCGGAGGCGGCGAGGCUGCCUCAUGCUUCAGCAAAAGGCGCGGCGGCGGAGAUGGAACGCUAUGCAACGCCCCGUCGCAUGGCCGACAGCGAGUCCAGCGCGCCUGGCGGCGGCAACGGAGGGGGGUCGACGGAGCCGGAUGUGGAGGAGGAGUGGGAUGCGGAGACAGGAGCUCCCAGGCGGCUGCGGAGGGACAGCUUGAACGAGCAUUACUUAUCAGCACGGAGCCGCUGUGACCUUGCAUCAGAGACCGGGGGCUGGGAGUACGAUAGUACCGGUCAGGAAAGCCCCUCAGCGGCGGCACCCAGGGUUCAUCGGAAGGGAAGCCGCGUGAUGUUUAGUAGCCAUAGCACGGGAAGGACGCGUGAGAGCGACGCCACAACGGGGGCAGCGGGUAAAGAAGCGUGUGAGGGAGGCUGCUCAGUCGGUGCUCCAAGCGGUGACAACGGCCGCAGCGACAAGGAGGCCUUUAGCGGCAGCGACGGCACCACCAGCGCAUUGCAGGUUCGGGACUGCAGCGGGCGUGCCGGAGUCAGUGGCAGGGGCGGCAGUGCUAGCGGACCUAGCAGCCCCUUUGCGGCGGCAAGCAUCGGCCCCGAUGGUCUCCUUGGAAACUGUGGCGACCCGCCGUUGGUAACCCAAGACCCAAGUCGGCAGCAAACGCCUCUGGACAGGGCCGUCGGCGGCGGCGACGCUGGUGGCAAUUUUAUAGGCAGAGGCGACGCCAGCAGCGGCGAGGACAGCGGCAGUAGCAGCGUCAGCGCGGCGCGGAGAGGCCGUUCGGCGCCCGUGCCGAUACCAUUGGUAAUUCCUGCUUCCCCAACAGAAGCGGCGGACACUGAGCGCGGCCGCAGCGAGGAUGGAGGCAUGUACGGAGGUGGCGGCUGUGGUGCGGGUCGCGGCGGGGAGCUACGUAGUCCAGCGAUGUCUGCAAGUGAGGCAGACAUUGCGGUGGCAGCGGUGGGCCUGUCGAGUCGCAUGGGAAGCGGUGGCACCAGCAGCGGCGCCGGUAAGGGAGGUAACACGGACAAUAGCUGGGGCGGCAGCGGAAGUCUGUCCAAGUGGUGGCCUUGGUCCCUCUGGCGCCGGAACCCCUCGUCCGGUCCUGAGUCGCAGACACCUCAGCAACAACAGGAGCAAGGACAGGAACAGCAGGGGCAGGCGCAGCGGCGCCCUUCCUUCCCCAACGUGCAUGGACCGCCUGUGACGCCUACCGAUCAUGCUAGCGGCGCGAUUUGCCAGGCGCAUGCGAUCCACCCGCCACCUCUUUCCCAUCCUCACCCCCAUCAUUACUCCUAUUCCCAGCAGCAGCCGUACAGCUACCAGUCCAACAUUAACGACUACCCGCAGAACCCGAGCCAGCUGGUUGCUUACGGCUCUAGUCCUGUCCACUCUCCGCCCUCCGCCUACACCUGCUCUCCCAGCCCCUCGGCCGGCCCCUCUCGCACCACCACGGCAGGGACCGCCCUCAGCAGCCGCACCUUCAGUAGCGGCCUGCAUUUUCCGCCCUCCUCCCAGUACCCUUCCUCCCUUCACCCUUCACUUAUGCAGCAACAGCACCUCCAAUACCAUCAGCAGUUGCCGUACUCCCUGACUAACCGUUGCAUGCAGGAGCAGCAACCGCCACCGCAGCGACAGCUACCCAGCCCUUGGGCGUCACCCGUCAGCCACUCCGGUCGUGCCGCUAAUGCCGCGCUGUCGCCGUUGCCGUCGCCGUUGCCGUCGCCCUGCUGGCUGCCUUCUUCUGCGGCCAGCAGCAGCAAAACCGCUAACAAUGCUAAUGCUAGCGCUUCGGGCAGCCUCAUCCCCUGGAGUGGCGGCGCAGUGCAGCGGCACGGCAGUGCGGCAGGGGCUGGGGUCUCGGCGGCACCUGCUUCCGGCGGCGCCCCUUCCUGGGGUAUGAGCGCUGUGGGCGGCGCAGGCUGUGUGGCAGAUCCAGCAGCUUCAGCGGCAUUAGGCCCACGAGGUCCUGCUGCUGGAACCGGCGGAGCAGGGGUAGGAGAAAGUGGGAAGAAGAUCAGUCGCAGUUGCGACAGCGGCAUGGGUGUUGCAACUGGCGGCAUGGUGGCAGCACGAUCGGGAGCCCCGCUAGGGUCCCUUGCGCUGGGAGAGGAGGCGGGAGAGGAUGAGAAGAGAGAAGAGCGGCGGAGGUCUGCUGGUUGCUUGGUUGCCGCCGCCAAGCUCGACAUUACACCCACGUCGUCUGUGAUGAAUGAUGCGGCUUCUGCUGACGAUUCUGCUCGUCGUUCGGGAGGGGGCGCGGUUGAAGCAGGAGCCAGGAGGGGAUGCGGGCAUGAUGAGGCGGCGUGGUUGGUCAGGGCACGGCGGCCUGAGGUGAGGUCGGUAGGCAUGCAGGAGCAUCGAUCAAGCUUGGCGCGGGAAGGUGGUGGCAGCGGAGACAGAGGAAGCCGAGCCAAAAGUAAGGCAGCUGGAGAGGAGGCGUAGGAGGCGGCAGCGAGGGCAACAGCGGAGAGGUAGUCCAGCCCGUCUGGGGCAGCAAUACCCUGGGCUGGGACCUGAGCCCGCUGCUGGGGGUUGUGAUUGCUUGAGGUUCGGCAGUAAGGAGAAGGCUCCAGGGCACGACAACAGUGGCGGUGCAGCAAAUGUGUAGGAAGGCAAGCGCUUUGGAGCCAUUUGGUCCGCAUUGUGGGCGUCUCUCGCCUUGGACGUGGUGCGGCCCUGGGCAUCUGGGUCGCCCUCCUCUUGGUCGAUGCUGCUGGGCUGAUGCCUGCAUCGCAGCUAUCGCCUACCUCUCUAUUACUGUCAUGAUGGAGCAUCGACAAUGCAUUAGGGGUUUGUCAAUACCGCCGCCACCAUUUACGCAAAGGCAGCCGUCUUGACCAUGUUGCUAUAGCGUCGCUACUUAUCGGACUGCUGUGGGCUAUUGAUGACGCAGUAGCAGGAGGAGCGUCCAUCCAGAUCAAUCACUAGCACCAAUGACACCUACGGGGUUUGUUCAGCAUUCUGUGUUGUCAGCACUACACUUCGUCGUCGCUGGGACGGCAUGUUCCAGCAACGUCAGCAGCCGUAGCGUCAGGACAGCACUGCUGGUAUUCCAAUGACACAUGACACGACUACAACUGCACCAACCGCCGUGCGCCUCCGUUACCUGCGCGCUCUAGAUGGACACCGUCGGACAAUAACAUUGACCAAGGCAUAACGACUUCACGGCCUCUAUCCAGGAAUGGGAUGGGCAACGGUGUCACGGCAUCCGUUGGCCGCUGCGUUGGAGGAGGGCCAAGUGCAUGAGAGUGGAAGCUGCGUCGCGGAGUGAGAAGAGACGCAACCAGUUGGAGCUUGCUCGUCUCCUCGGUUCGGGCCUAGCAUCACAUGAAAGCGGCCCAGCUAGCUCGUUGGGAUGGGACGCCACCUCUGCGGCGCCUCUCGCCCACAAGACCCACAUCGUCCUGUUUUCCGCCGCCGCCACGGCUGCCACGAUCCUGUACGAUCUAUUGGCCUGCCCUGCUUGUGACGCUGGCGGCGAUUGUGGCGGCAGCGGUGGUGCCGCCAGGACGAACCGCCGUAACCCCACGCGGCGGCGGCGGCGGCCCGUUGCACCGCCGCGUCAGGGACGUUGCUCACGACGCGGAGGCGGCAACCCAACCGGCUGAUACUGGCUGGUGGGGUAGCCGCGCUACUGCCGCCGCCAGCGCUGCGGGCGGUACCCAUGCUCGAUCGC